GCAAAAUCCAACAGUAGGACGGGUGACGCCGUGCCGAACGCUCCGUGGAAGCAUAGUCGCAGAGACAAAUAUACCUACGCACGACGCACACACGUGGCCGCCUGCACUGAAACGCGCUAUCUCACCUGUAGGAAACGACAGUCUGUGACCUGGCAGUGUACCAAAAGAAAAAGUGCGAUCUUAAUACUCUGUACUUGCCGAGAUAGCCACAGGAGUCUAGGUAACUACUCGAAAUCACUGGUAUCUAUGGCAAGUGAUAAAUCUACGAUAACGAUAAGGUAUUUUAUUCUCUAAAAAGUUUCAAGGAGAGCAUAACAGCGACACCAUAAACCGGUUUGUGAAAUCAUCUGUAAAAAUACCGCAGCAAUGUGUACCGUGUGAAACGAAAGGAAUCGGUUUUCUCCGAUAAUUUAAACUUUGCACGAAGACUUAAUGAGAAACAUGGAAAUUCUGGGCGUGAAAUUUGCACCGUUAAACGUGCCUCUGAAAAGAAGACUACAAACGUUGGCCGCAGCGACAUGGAUUUUUGUCACCGCUUUUGGUGAUUUUUGGGGAUACCUAAUCACGGCUUAUCUUCUAUUCUACACAGAAACAAUACGCUACUUUCUGCUAGUGUACUUCCUUUGGAUGUAUUACGAUAGGGACACUUGCUAUAGUGGUGGUAGAAGUGAUAAUACAUGGACGAGAGUGGCGAGAAACAAUGCUUUUUGGCGUUAUUUUUGUGAUUAUUUUCCAAUAAAAUUAGUGAAAACGGUGGACCUAAAUCCCAACAAAUCUUAUCUUUUCACUUGUGUACCUCAUGGCAUUUUAUCGAUGGGGAUAAUGGGUUCAUUCGGGACGGACGCAUUGGGUUGCAAGGAGCUAUUUCCUGGAUUAGAAAUACGUCCAAUUACUCUCGAUCAACACUUCAAAGUACCUCUGUUCAGAGAAUAUCCUUAUUCCUUAGGUUGCUGUGCUUCUAGCGUGAAAAGUAUUGAACAUUUACUAUCGACACCACCAAAAAAUCCACAUACCGGAAGAGCUACAAUUCUCAUUGUUGGUGGUGCUUCCGAAUCACUGGAAUCGACGCCGGGAAGUUAUCGUAUCCUUAUAAAAAGGAGAAAAGGCUUCGUAAAACUAGCACUAAAAUACGGUACGGCGUUGGUUCCUGUUUUCUCCUUUGGCGAAACGGAUUUAUACAAUCAAAUAUAUCGUCCAGAAGGAUCGACUUUCAGACGCAUGCAGAAUUAUAUUCGCGGUCUCAUUGGACUGGCACCUAUCGUUUUUUCGGGCAGAGGAUUCUUUCAAUAUUCAUUUGGCCUUAUUCCAAAACGAUUACCUGUCACCGUAGUCGUUGGCAAUCCUAUUGAAUUACCGAAAAUAGAGGAACCCACGACUGAGCAGAUCAACGAAUAUCACGAAAAAUUUAUGAAUGGUUUAGUUGAACUCUUCGAAACACAAAAACACAAUUAUAUAGACAAUCCAGAAAAAGUUACUCUCGAGCUAUGAUAUCCAUCGCAUUCAAAUGUUAUAGUGAUGUAAUGUAGAAUGUAAAUUUGUCAUUAUUUCGAAAUUUUCAUUAAAGAAAUUAUUACUGUUUUAAAGACAAGAUCUCAGAAGAAAAAGAAAAAGAAGAAGAGAGAUUCUAUGUACAAUUAAGAGAUCUUAAUGUACAUUGUUAUGUUAUUCAUUUAAUACAAUUUACUUAUAAAGAUCCUCAAUAUAGAUUAUAAGCAAGGUCUUGUAAAAAUACGUGCAAAAGACUAUAUUGAAUGGAAUUUAGUUAGUAGUGUCAUUGCAGCGAUUUAUAUAUUAUACAUGUAUGAAGUAUGUAUUCUAUUAGAAGCAUGUUAUUAAAAUUAACAUUGUUCUUUGA